CGGAAUUGCCAGAUCCUCACGACACCAUUGUCCAUUGCUACUGUAAGUCCUCUCACAUACUGUUAAUAUCACUCACCUCUCAGGCUGUACUACGAAACAGAACACACGACCGAUUGUCAAACAUGUCAGGCUCCGGCAAAGGCUCGCAAUACCUCGAAUCUCCUUCACUGCACGAAAUCCCCAUCCCUCGAAGCUAUGCGGACAUUGGUUUCACGGAAAUCAAAGUCACCAAUGUGCCUGAGUCGUCCACAGAGGUCACACCGGUUCAGCUUGUUACGCUGUACAGGCCGAAGAAGUACAAUGCCUUCACGCCCACGAUGAUGCGAGAGCUGGAGCAUGCAUACACGCUGUUCGAUAUCGAUGAUCGUGUCAAGUGUAUUGUCCAGACUGGACAUGGCAAAAUGUUCUGUGCUGGCGCAGACUUGGAUACUGGGUUUGUUGGAGGAGAAGAGGCAGUGAGAGAUCACAGAGACGGCGGAGGACGCGUGACCAUGGCGAUCAAUCGAUGUCGAAAGCCUACGAUUGCUGCACUCAAUGGUGCAGCGGUAGGUGUAGGUGUGACCAUGACCUUGCCCAUGAACAUUCGAAUCGCGUACAAGGACGCGAAGAUUGGAUUCGUUUUCGCGAGAAGAGGACUUGUUAUGGAGGCGGCCAGCAGCUUCUUCCUGCCACGUCUGAUUGGCACCUCCAAAGCGCUUCAUCUUUGCACAACGGGCUCAAUCUAUCCCGCUUCACAUCCACUGCUGUCCGACCUCUUCACCGAAACACUUCCUACGCCCGAUGCAGUCCUCCCCCGAGCCCUAGAACUCGCCGACGAGAUCGUUAAGAACUGUUCCGGUGUCAGUCUACACUUGAUUAAAGAGUUGAUGUACCGCGGCCCAGGCAGUCCAGAAGCCACACACUUGUUGGAUAGCAGAAUCGUGUACGAACUGUUUACCUCAAAGGACAACAAGGAGGGCGUGAAAGCCUUCUUGGAGAAGAGACAGACAAACUUCACAGGCACGAUGCAGAACGAUGCUCCCGCUGCGUGGCCGUGGUGGGAGCCCAUUGCAGUUGGCAAUAAACCUGUGCAGAAGGGAUACAAGUUCAAGCCAAAUCUGUAGAUUUCUCUCCCGUGUAUUUCAACCUUUUCUAUCUUCGAUUAGAAUAAUAAUUCAAUAUUGUCAAAGC